CAAUUUCAACCGCUACUCGCGACCACUGCACCAGCCUCCAAGCAUUUUCCUUCCCCGACUGCAGCCUUGUUCACGUUCUUCCAUAGACCGCCUCACCCCACAGAAAAAGGUUAGCUUUGCAUUUCUCUCUCUGAUUGUUUUUUUGUAGUUGUAGUAGUAGUUAGCAAGAGAGAGAACUCAGCUUCUUGGUUAACGAGGAAAAAAGCCUCCUGCUUUAUUCAAAAAUGAAGGAAGAAGAAGUGAAUCGAUGCCAGAUUCAGGAGUGGUAUCCGAGAUUUAAAUCCUUGUCCAUUAAAACCCAAAUUCAUGAACUUCCCGAACCCUUUAUCCAAUACCUUCUUGACGAUUCUUCCCCUUUCCUGUUACCUAUCUCCAUCUCAAAUGAUGAUGCCUUGCCCAAUCGAGUUCAUAAACCCGAAGACGAAGAAGACUAUCAGGUAUUAGAAGGAUCUGAAGACGAUUCAGAACCACCUUCGCCUCCCCCUUCCUUCCCUGAACUGGAAUUGAAGAUUAAGGAGUCAAUCGAAUCUCUUGGUGGUGCAGUCUUCCCUAAAUUGAAUUGGAGUGCACCAAAAGACUCUGCUUGGAUUAGCUCAACAGGGAGUCUCCGAUGCACUAAUUUUAGUGAAAUUGCGCUCUUGCUGCGAUCAUCUGACUCAUUGGUCCAUGAUUUGUGUCAUGCAUAUGAUUCGUGCGGUGAUAAGUCCUCAUCAAGACCACCGAGUUUCUUCCUUGCACUCCGCAAGUGGUACUCAUCCCUUAGGCCGGAGAUGGAAUUCCGUUGUUUCGUACGGGGUCACAACCUCGUUGGUAUUUCUCAGCGUGAGGUCACAACCUUUUAUCCUCUUCUUCUGGAGAAGAAAAAUUAUAUUGAGCGAUUGAUCCAGGAAUUUUAUGAAGCUAAUGUACAUCUAAAAUUUGAGUCGGAGAAUUAUACGUUUGAUGUUUAUGUUACCAACGAUGAGCGGAUCAAGGUUUUGGAUUUCAACCCUUGGGGUGCAUUUACAUUGCCUAUGUUAUUUGAUUGGGAGGAAUUAGAAGAGACUAGUAGGGAAGAAGGAAAGACGGUCGAUUUCAGAAUCGUGGAGAGCCAGUGCGCUGUUAGACCUGGUUUGAAGACAGCAGUGCCAUAUGAUUAUUUGGAUGUCGGCCCCGGAAGUGGCUGGGAUCAAUUUCUGAGGAGUGCUGACGAUGAGUAUCAGAGGCAGACGAGGUCUACUGAAGCAGGUGCUUGAGGUGCUUUUGAAUGUCUUGAUUCUUGAGAAUAGGGUUUGCUGCAGUUUCCUCUCUACAACUACAGUGUUUGUGUUCGCUUUUCAUGGGCAGACUACGGAUGUAAUCUGUAUUUUUUUCAAUGGUUGUGUACCGUUGAUCGAAAAACAAGCUUGAGCAUAUGCAAAUCUUCUUUGGUCUUUCCCUCUUCCA